CUUCCGGUGACUGGGUGCACAGACAAUCCGCUCUUGAAACCUCAACCGCAACUUCUCAUUCCAACGGCAAGAAAAAAAAAGGGGGGGAGAGAAAAGAAGAAGAAGAAGAAGAAGGUGUCGCUUGUUUCACCAAUGUAUUGCCAAUAUUUUCGACUUUGUAAAUUCCAAGGCAUUGGUUGCAUUGGUACUACUUCAAAUUUCAAUCCAAGGCUGUUCAUGUCUUGUUGUUGCAACCUACCAAGCAUGAAAAUUCUCAUUAUAAACAGUUCUCCUGGGAAACAUAUCACAGUUGCCUUUCCAGGUAGAAAGUGUAGUGGCUUUUUACCCUCUAGGAGGAGGAUUUUGCCUGCCAAAGGACACCACGGCUUUGGAGCUGAUCUAAGAGCUUUUGCAACUCGGAAAUCUGUCAGAAAAGCAAGAAAAGAUGGGGAAGCACCCAAAAGUAGAACUUCAGAAACUAACAAGCAUCCUUCAAAUGAAUAUGACAGGUUUGAAGACAGAUCAUCUGCAGUAGGUGAUGUUAUUUCUGAUGAUAGUGUGGAGUUGUUGAAUGAUAACUUGAUUGGAAAGAGUUCUACUUCUACCCCAAGUUCUUCUAGGAGUGUUGUGCUUCAGGCUUGCAUCGUCACAUCUGGGUUGAUAUUCACUUUGGGUGUGAUAAUUCGACAGGUUUCUCAUAUUGCAUUUACAGAAGGAUGGGCAAUCCUUGACUCAUCCACAGAAGUAUCAUUUGAUUUUGAGACAUGGCAUCUUGAGUUGAUCACAGGACUGGUUAUAUUGAUAUCGUCAUGUCGAUAUUUACUAUUGAAAAUAUGGCCAGAUUUUGCAGAGUCCAGUGAAGCAGCCAAUCAACAGGUCCUCGGUUCACUUCAACCUUUGGAUUAUGUGGUGGUAGCAUUUCUGCCUGGGAUUAGUGAGGAGCUGCUUUUCCGUGGGGCCUUACUGCCUCUCUUUGGGCUUAGUUGGAAGAGUGCCUUGGCAGUCGGUGCUAUAUUUGGAGCUCUUCACUUGGGAAGCGGCCGGAAGUAUUCGUUUGCUGUCUGGGCAACAUUUGUGGGGCUUGCUUAUGGUCUUGCGACAGCAGUAACCUCAAGUAUCAUUGUACCAAUGGCUUCGCAUUCCCUGAACAAUCUUGUUGGAGGGAUUCUAUGGCGCUACAUGUCCCCUUCAGGGUACAACCGUAGUGAGGAUGAACACAACGUACAAUGAGAAAGAUGCUCUAGGAAGGCUUACCUACACGAACGACAUCAACCCCUUCUCCUAAUGGACUGUCAAGAACAAUUCUGAAUAAGCUGCGUGUUGCAUGAGGGGUGAUGGCGAGCAUGGCCACCUUCAGAACAAACAUGCAGAUAACUAUUGGAAGUUUCAUGGUGAUAUUCUCAAGUGCCAAACAGCUUCGAUUCAUCACCUUAAUUGAUCCGGCCUAUACUUAAUAUAUAGAGGUUCAAAGGAGCUUAAUACAAUUCUAAACCAUCUAAAAACUCGAUGACUUGACUCGAAACUAGGCUAAGUCAACUCAACGAGAAAUUGAGCCGACCCAUCGUGAAACUCACUGGCCAACUUGACUAAGAAUGACUCGUUGAGUUGAGUCAACACGACGCAAAUCGAGUCAGUCACUGAGUGAAUUUCAUUUUUAAAUAAAAAGACAUGCAUGCAUCUACCAGCAAGCCAUGCAAUUUUGUGAUUUUGUUUCCAUACUUUUUACAUGAACUAUUUUAAUUAGUUAUUAUUAUUAUUGAAAUAUUAAUCCUAGUUUAAUAAUUAAAUAUCAAGUUGAAUCGA